GGCCACAGCUCUCGCGUGACAGGAGAGUGUUUGCUGGAUUGUGCAGCUGCAGCUUGCCAGGAGCCUGUAGUUUCUGCCAGAGGAGGCCUCAUGCAACGACGCACCAUGCUAUGGCCAGUCAUUCUGACCCAACACAGAACAUGAUUGUGGAUUCAGCUUGUUGGUUGGACAAUGACAAGCAAGUAGAACAAGGGAGGCUUGAAAGUGUGCAUGAGAAGUGAGCAUGAAGUGUGCAUGAGAAGUGAGCAUGAAGUGUGCAUGGGAAGUGAGCGUGGGACUUCACUGGAGUCUAAGAAGCAGUGGGUGACAGCCCUGACGUGCCAGGUCACAUCCCCACCGGAGUUUACUGUAGAGCGCGGAAACAAAAGGAAGCAAGGCAGGGUGGACGCCGCGUGGGCCGUUCCCAGAUGCAGUGGAACACGCAGGGCAAGUCCGUUCACAGCACCAGAGCAUAAUGGCUGAUCAUGCCUGUGGCCCAGGCAGCCAACGUGACCCGUGAGAGGAGACGAGGACAAGACUCUUAUUAUCAUCAAUGCCUGGCCCCCCUGGUACUUCACCCGGUGGGGUGGGGAAGCAGAGAAUGUCAGGUAUGCAGUCAGCGAUGGCAAGGAUUUUUGCAGCAGUCUUCUUCACACUUGUAUCCUUUGUACUGGCAGAAGAACGUGGACCAGAGAAACCGGAGGAUGACCCUUUCACUUUUGACUACUACAGACUUCGUGUUGGUGGUCUGAUUCUGGCUGCAGUCUUGUGCCUGAUUGGAUUCACCAUUCUCCUGAGUGGGCGCUGUAGAUGCAAGUUUAACCAGGACAAGAGGAGAAAGGCAGGAAGCAGUGCUGCUGGGCAACAGAUGCUCAACGACGCAGCCCGGGCCAGCGAAUGCUAGACGGAAAUCAGUGAUCGAAGUACUGCAUAUGGGACACUCAGCAGUCCGAGGAGAAAGGAUUGCCAUGUUUCUUUUUACAGUUUGAUCACUUAAAUAUGGUGGAAUUUUCCAAUUGGAGUGAAAGGUGUAUCCAUCAUAGAAAUGUGUCAAGUUGUUGUUGUGCAUACUCCAUCCUUACUUUGUUAUUCAGCUGUGGAUUGAAAGAGAACGGAAAAAAUGCACAUGGUAGACAUGUGAUUACCAAAAACAUUCUGAACUCCCUUGCAUUGUUGUUGCCUUUAAUUAUAUAUAUAUAUAUAUAUAUAUAUAUAUACACUGUAAAUGCGUGUGUAGUCUAGAUGCAGUUGAGAAAAAUAUGCUAGUGUGCUUGAAGAUAUCACUGUAUUCGUAAUACAUUCGUCGAUGGUACCCUAGUAUUUUGAUUUCAAAGUAUUUUGCCAAGAUUAACAACAAUAUGAUUACAGAUUUCAUACACUUGCGGAUAUGUUUGCUCUGCACUGUCACUACAGUUUUGAUGUCUUUGUUUUUUAGAUGUUUGUUUCUCUCUGUCUAAAGUUCAUUAACAUUGAAGUCAGUAUAUCUUUUUCAAUGGUGAUCAACUGAUUACAGUGAAAAAGCAAACAAUACAAGAAUUAAACAGUGAAUGUUGAA